AUGACGAAGCUCCAGGCCACACCGCCAAAUUCACCCAGCAGUGGAAAUAUUGAUUUAGAAAUUCAAGAAAGAAUUCAAGAAUUCAAGAAUUCAAGAAUUCAAGAAUUCAAGAAUUCAAGAAUUCAAGAAUUCAAGAAUUCAAGAAUUCAAGAAUUCAAGAAUUCAAGAAUUCAAGAAUUCAAGAAUUCAAGAAUUCAAGAAUUCAAGAAUUCAAGAAUUCAAGAAUUCGAGAAUUCAAGAAUUCAAGAAUUCAAGAAUUCAAGAAUUCAAGAAUUCAAGAAUUCAAGAAUUCAAGAAUUCAAGAAUUCAAGAAUUCAAGAAUUCAAGAAUUCAAGAAUUCAAGAAUUCAAGAAUUCAAGAAUUCAAGAAUUCAAGAAUUCAAGAAUUCAAGAAUUCAAGAAUUCAAGAAUUCAAGAAUUCAAGAAUUCAAGAAUUCAAGAAUUCAAGAAUUCAAGAAUUCAAGAAUUCAAGAAUUCAAGAAUUCAAGAAUUCAAGAAUUCAAAAUCCAUUGCCUGCAUAUCAAAGUACGGUAGCACCAUAAUAGCAUUGGCAAUUGAAUGUGUUCGUAAUGCCACUGUUUUACAGAUCAGUUUUUGGCCAGAUUUUAGAAUUUUUUCCAAGUUUUUAUAA